GUGGAAGUGCCCUCGGACCUUGCCAAGAGUCCCCCAGCGUCGCAGUGUCAUCGUCAUAAUGAGAAUAAUCAUCGAAAAUUGUUAAAAUGGGGUUUAAUUCGUGAGGUGAGUCUCUUGUUCGGGUCAAGUGGAGUUUCAUCAAAUUUCCGUGGAUAUUUCGUCCUUAAUUCAUAUUAAAACGGGAAUUGAAUGACAACAAUUGAUGAACCAUGACUGCCUCAAUAUUCGCCCUGGUGGUCUCUACCCUCUACAUAAUUCUGACGAGUUUAAUUGCAUAUUGGGCGAGAAAAUAUGUGAAGUACUACACACAACGGCCGUUCUUGCGGGACUUGUUUCUGGAGGGGAUUGCCACUGCUGAGUUAUGCGGAGCGUGCUUCGAACUCAUCAUAAUCGCCGACAACUGGGGAGUGUCAAUGUACGCAAUCUACCUCUUCGUCCUGACAAUCUGGUGGUCCUUAAAUUGGGAAGACGCCACCGCCUGUCCCUACACUCACCUGGAGGACCUUGUCGAAGGAAAGAAAUCCCUCAGAGACGCUUUCCUCCUGAUCUGGGCGGAGCUCGUCGGAGGUCUCGCCAUCUUCAGGUACAUCCAACUCCUCUGGGCCCUGGAGAUAGUCCCCACGCAUAAGGACAGGGCCUUCGAGGACUGCACCACUGACCUCCAAGUGCCCGUCAUCAUCGGUGCAUUCAUUGAGUGCAUCGCCACCUGCAUCUGUCGAGUCGUCUCCAGAGGGCUUGGGGAGCUCAACCCGAGGUUCAGCAACAUCAUAGAUUCGUUCGUGGGAACGACUCUGGUCGUUGUUGCGUUCAAUUACUCCGGAGGGUACUUCAACCCUGCCCUUGCAACUGCCCUCAAGUAUGGCUGCCUGGGUACAAGUGCAAUGGAACAUAUAAUUGUUUACUGGGUGGGUGCGUGCGCCGGGUCCAUCGCGUCCAUCCGAGUCUACCAACACCCCAAGAUUCAAGAUUUCGUUAAAAAACAGAAAGCAAAAACACACUAAUUAAUAUUGGAUGGGAAAUUAUAUUAAAAUAAUAGAGAUAAUUUGUAAAUAAUUUGUAUUAUUUAUUUGGAGUAACAGCAUUUUCAAAGUU